AUGACUGCGGUUUCGUACACGAUUGAACCUAUCAAUGGACGAGCUGCUAUCCAGAAGAACUUCGCGAGACUUCCCGAACGCGCACCAAAUUACUCCAAUCGCCAUGUCACUCUUAACGAGAGAUUUUCUAUCAUUGAACGUGGAUACUAUCUGAAGCCAGUAGAAGUGACUCAUACAUCUGAAUCUCCACGCGUUAGUCUUGUUUGUACCAACGUUAUAUCACGAGAAGAAGUGAUGGCUAGCACUUUCGCAAAGAUGGAGAGGAAACAAGCAGAAGAGCAGCGAAGAUUGGCGAAGAGCCAAGAAACGUCUCCGGUUAUGAGUCCUCCUCGAUCCAUUGAGUCAGCCUCGCCUUAA